UAUAACACAUAACAAAAUUUAUUUCUAAAAAUAUCUAUUUAUUUAAAAUAAUAAAAACAAUAUCAAUAAUAUCAAUAAUAUAUUUUUAUAUACAAUCUUUCGAGGUCCUACUAUAUUUUUUUAGAGUUAAAUCAAAUUAAUGAAUUUAGAAGAAGAUCGUAUGUUAAAUUUUAUAAAAUUUAGAAAUUUAUUAAAAAUUAAAUAACAAUAACAACAAAUUAACAUUUGUUAAUAGUAAACACAAAAUUAAAUUAACUUUUCACAAAAAAUAAACGCGAGAGUAAGACUUUUUUUUUAAUAUCAUCCUUACAUUCUUUUUCCACUUUUUCGUUUCAUUUUUUUCCUGUUGCAAUUUUUCCUGUACAAUUUUUCACAGUGACUCUUGCUCCCCAAAAAAUUUCGAAAAAUUUGUAAUUUACGUUCUUUUUCAUUCAUUUAAAUAUUCUAUACAUAUUAAUCGUUUUCGAGAUUUUCCUCUUUCCAUUUUUCCUCCUAUUUACUAUUGAACAAUCGCUGCUUAAACGUAUGCAGAGUAAUCGCCUACUCGUGUAAACAUCGUAGAAACGGGUGAAUCGGUGACGUAUCGAAAAUGGAUAUUCGGCGAUGAUUUUGUGACGAGGACCACGAAAGAAGGUUGUUCUCGGUAUCGAUGGUGUCUGGAAGCUGAUUUUGUAUCGUAUUUUCGAGGACAGAAGGGAUGGACAAAACGUUGUACGAGCGGAAGAGAGACGGGAUUUGGAGGGAAAAUAGGUGGCAACGGAGGCUGAUGGCUCGUUCUCGCGAAGGGUAGCUCAACCUCGAGUGUUACAAUAAAUCAACGAAACGCUUUUGCAGAGCUCCACCCUCGUAACUUCUGCAGAAUACAUCCCAUAGAGAUCACGACGUUACCAGACUGUCCCAUUUUCAUUGUGUUUAAAGUGCCUACCUCGCCGCUUCGAUCGGAUCGGCCAUCGUAUAAAUUAUUUAUCCUUGCUUCCUGUCACGCGACGAUAUCGAAAAGCUCGAUUACACGUAUACGUGUAAUAGAACGUCGAGAGGAAUGAAUUUCGAAUUUGAAAGACGAAAAUCUUUGAAAGACGAAUUAUGAUAAAAAAUAAAAGCCGGUAUCAAAUAUAUUUUUUAACAAAUAUGACAUUUCUUUUUGAAAAUUAAUUAAUUAAUUUUAUUAAUUGGGGAGGAGGGAAAAUUUUUUAGAGGCAUUCGAUUUUAUCUCUACGAUAAAAGUGAAAAAAAGAAAUAAAAUAAACUUUUUUAAUUUAUCUUGAUCCAAUUCAAUUGAUUUUAACUCACUUUUGACUCAUUUAGAUUUAUUUUCACUCAUUUCUAUACUGGAAUCCAUUAUCAAAUUCGAAUUAUUAGUUCUCGAUGAGUAUCGUUUGAUUAAAACUUACAACAAAAUUUGGUCAUAUGGUUAGAUCAAUUUCAUUUCUGUCCCAUAUAUUUGUUACAUAAAUUUUCGAUUGUUUAAUAUAUGAUCUGAUAUCGCAAAAAUUCAUAUGUUACAAAAAUUCAUAAGGACACGAUUAUUCGAAUCUCUUAAUAUAUUUACGAUAUUCAUCCAAUGAUCUACUACUAUUCAAAUACAAAAUGAUAAAUUCUAUAAAAUUCGAUCGAAAUAUAAUUCAAACUUUUCUCCAAUCGCUCAACAGAAAAAUAAAAAAACAAUAAUCAACAAUAAUCAGCAUAAAACUCAAAAAAAAAAAAAAAAAAGAUUAAUACGUAAAACGUAAUAUAUUCGAUAUAAAUUUUCAUUCCAACCGUUGUUCCUUUAAUCGAUUAAAGCUCUUUUAUGUCGUACGUGUGCAAAAUAUGCAAUCUCGUAAAAAAAUGUUAAAAAGAGUACAAGCGGACGAAGUAAACCGCUAAGACGAAGAAAAAUAUUAGCGGAGGGCUUAUCGAGAGGGCGACCCGAUAUCUCUGUCCACGUUCUCUUUCCUCCUUUUCUAUCUCCUCGAUACCAUCGGCUCGUCAUUCGUGACAAAAGGGCAAACAGCCCCGCGCGGCCGUGGCGACCGAUUAAUCCCCGACAAAAGGGGCUGCGUAUCGCGUGGCCCUCGACCGGCCCCCUAAAACCUACCUUCGCCCUUACCGACUAGAAAGGGUGCCCCUUCCUCCCUCGCCUGUGGCAGGGGCGAGUGCCUUCGUCCUUCCUCGAUGGAACGACCCAAUCCGAGCUGGAGGGUGGGCACUAUCGUCGGUAUAUAACUCUGGGGUAAGUUUUGCUCCAGUGAGUAUAUCGGUCGAUCGUACAGCUUUCCCUUACUUUUCGUAUUCGUAUAUAGUUGACUUCGCUUGUAUCUCGCUUCCUUUCCUUCGUGAAGUCUUUUAAAUCAUUCGUCGAACGAGGUAGAAACGAAAGAUAUUGAAAUUGCAGUUUGGUGGAAUAGAUGCGAACCGCGAAUAUUGUUGUUGCUUGAAAGUGUACCACCGUUCGAGGAAUAUGUUUGAGGACAAGGACACAAAUUUCUUCAGGCCGUGGGACAAUCGUGAUACGAGCACGAGGGAAAACAGGAUCGAGGCGAAAGAAGAUGCAAUUAAAAAGGAUCGUCGAUAUUCCGAUGGGGAGGGUUUCGAUAGGGGAGCUGUCGACUCGAAUCCGGUCUCUUCUUUGUCGCCCCGCUCCUUCGGAAGGCGGAGAAGAAGGAAGAGCGAUUCCUCCGUCAAAACGACGAGCAGCUCAUCGUCGAAAGUGGAGGACGAGACAAGAAGCCUGGAAUCGUCGAAAGUGGAGGACGAGACAAGAAGCCUGGAAUCGUCGAAAAUGGAGGACGAGACAAGAAGCCUGGAAUCGUCGAAAGACUCCGUUUUCGACUGUCCGCUACCCUCUGGCACGGACGCUCCUCACUCGAAUCCUCCUCAAUCUCGUUCAUCACGUUUAAACGGCCGCUCGUUGUUCGAUGCGCCGCAUUGCUCGAUCGAUUAUCUUCAGGGUACGACCGCUUCGAACCAUCUCCUGCGUUUUGAUGCUCCAUGGCUGGAUCCCGUGGCCUCAUCGUUGCCAACAACCUCGACGACAGCGACGACGGGGCACUCGUUUUAUUACCGCGGAUUCCCUUCGGUGUUGCACAACUUCUCGCAAGAAUUGCAAGCGCCAUUCGUGGAACAUGCUGUGGGUAUGUUUCAAAGGCAGGAAGCCGUCGCGAAACAAAUGAGGAAAUUGCGGCCGAAAAAGUUCAGGUGCGAACACUGCGAUGUCGCAUUCAGCAAUAACGGUCAACUAAAGGGACACAUAAGGAUACACACAGGCGAAAGACCGUUCAAAUGCGACGCGAAGGAUUGCGGCAAAUCGUUUACCAGAAACGAAGAGUUGACGAGGCACAAGAGAAUCCACACUGGACUUCGUCCACACGCUUGCAUAAUUUGUGGAAAGUGUUUUGGCAGGAAAGAUCAUUUGAAGAAGCAUAUGAGAACACACGAGAAUCGUGAUCCGUAUAGAAUGUCUACAUUGGGAAUGAUCGGUUUAGGAAAUACUCUACCUCAAAAUAUGGGAUUUUUCCCAUAUUUCUAUCCAACGUGAUACAUUUAUAUACGAACGAAAUUAAAAUCUCGACAAUAUUUCGCAUUAUAGUGAAUUGAUAUUAUUCUUUCUCUUUUGUAUAUUUUGAACUGGAAUAGUAUUUAUACAGGGUGUGUAAAAAAAUUGGGGACCAAAAAAAUAAAAUCUUAUGGGGAGCAAUUAUUUCGCGAAAAAGAAGCAAAGUAGUUCGAGUUGAAAAUUUUUUUAGAUAUUAUUAUAUUACAUUGAAUUCGAGAUUAAAAUGAGACAUUUUGUAUAUUUCAUAUACAACGAUUGUAUAACCAUUUACAUUAAAUAUUGUUGCCUUGAUUCUUCGUUUUAUGAAGAAUCAUUGAAUGUUUGUCAAAAUUAUUCCUAUUUUUGAUACUACGUCCUUUUUAUCGAUACUAGUCGAAUAUUAUAUAAUGCAAUACGAAGACAUAUAUACAUAAAGAUUAUAAUAUAUACACUAUAUUUAAC